AUGCCGAUUGACUACAGUAAAUGGGAUAGACUCGAACUUUCCGACGACGAUGACUUUGAGUGUCACCCCAACGUUGAUAAAGCAUCCCUCAUUCGCUGGAAACAAGCUGACAUUCACCGGAAACGAGAAGAGCGUAAACAAAAAAUUACUGCUCUCAAAGCCGAAAUUGCUCAAAAUGAUGUCCUUCUUGAUCGAAUUGGCGCAAUGAUUUCGCAAGUUGAAUCAAAUGGUGUCUCUGCAUUCUUGAAGACUGUUGAAGAUUUGCGCGAGCUGAACAAGAAAACUGCUGAACAAGAGGUUCAGCAAAAGACCGAGGGCACCGAAGAGAGGAUGCCGUCCUUUGAUGAAAUGAUGGCGGUAUUAUACGAAAAGAUUAAGGCAGAAGUUGAAAAUGAGAGUGAGGAAAGGGUCGGAGAACAAUUGGUAAGCAAACUAAAAGAACACAAGGAGAAAUUGGCAGCGAGGACCAAGGAGGCCAAAUUGGAAUUGGAGAAGGAAGAAGCAGAGGCUCAUAAAAAAAUCACUAUGGACGACAUACACACCGGAUUUGACAAUACGAGAGUGAGCAAGGCUACCAAGGCUACCAAAACGGACUCACAUAAUAAGUCAUCAGCGUCAACAAAUUCUGGAAAUGCUAUCAACAAGUCUGCCUCAGAAAUCGUAACGAAACCUACAAAGACCGAGUCUACCAGCUCGAAACCAGCAUCUUCAACAGUUACUUCGACAGAACAGGUUGCUGAUGACGAUGAAGGAAUGAUCCCGUCAGACCUUACCAAAGCUUUUGCAAAGGUCAAAACUUACGAUGAAAGCUACAAGUUUAUUUCAGAUCAUCCAGAGAUCAUUAAUCAGGAAGCUGUUGAUAGUUUGCUUGCAGAAGCGUUCCAGGCUCAACUAAAAAAAAAGGCAAAGUAUGCUAAACAGUGCGUACAUCAAGGCUGGCUCAUUCAAUACUGUCAAAAGCUAGGUCCGGAUGGUGUAAGACUAUUCUUCAGGAGAAUAACGACAAUGGAGGGUGCCCGUGACGUAUUUGAAAAGGAUGUCAAUGAUACUUAUGAGCAUAUUUGCAAGCGCUGUGAAGUAAUCGAGAAGGAAAAGGGGAACCAACCACAAGUUGAACAGAUCCAAAUAGAAAUGACAGGUCCUGGGAAUAUGCUCAGCGUUCACGUACCAGACAAGAAUUCUGACGAUCCCGCCGAGAUAUCACGAUUUGAAACUUUCAUGACCUUGCCUGAAAAUUUGCGUGAAGCGCUCAAAACGGGUGAAUUAGAAAAGAUCAACAAGGUUCUUGGAAGCAUGUCGGUACCCGAGGCUGAGAAGAUACUGGAGAUUUGUAAUCAGUGUGAGGUGUUGAGAGUUGAGCCUGGUAUAAUUGACACUACUAUAGGGGAAACUAUUCCCACCAGGGAGAUGAUGGAAGGUAAUGAUGGACAGGAUAUGGAAGAGAGCCAGGAAGAUCAAAUGAUAGACGAAUGA